AUCCGUGGACUCCGCACGUGCAUCCUUCCCUCCCGUGGGUCUCAAGAGCUCCGUGCGUCCGUGGGACUCGGGAUGAACGGGAGGACUUGGACUCGCUGCAAUUGUUGCGCUGCGUUAUUGGACCCAGGGCAGCUGUGAAGUGGAAGUCGGUGACCGCUGCAAACGAGAGAGGACGACCUGCAGCGGUAACCAGACGUCGUUGCUGUCAGAUCGCCAGCGCAGGGGUGGCGCGAUGUGUGGCACCAUGCAGAGUCAGCAGGUCACGAUGCUGCUGAUGGUGGGCUCCGCCGCCUUCCUGGAGACCAUCCUCUCCACCGCCCUCUACCCCUUCUUCCCCCAGGAGGCCGGCAAAAAGGGGGCGAACGUGACCAUCGUGGGCAUCAUCUACGGAUGCUUCUCCGUCACACAACUCGUCUCCUCGCUGCUCAUCGGGAAACUGGUGCCAUGCGUGGGAGCCAAGGUGCUGUUCAUCACGGGGGUCCUCAUCUCGGGGGUGUGCACCGUGAUGUUCGGGCUGCUGGACAAGGCUCCGAGCGGCACGGCGUUCAUCGCCCUGUGCAUCGUGAUCCGCUGCCUCGACGGCUUCGGCACGGCCUCCGCCGACACCAUGUGCUUCCUCUACAUGGCCACCGCCUUCCCCAACAACGUGGCAACCCUGAUGGGAAUGGUGGAGAUUUUCAAUGGCGUGGGCAUGCUGCUGGGGCCACCCCUGGGCGGACUGCUGUACGACGCGUGGGGCUACGAGGUGCCCUUCGUGGCGCUCGGCUCCACGCUGCUGCUGCUCCUACUGCCGCUAAGCCUGAGCGUCCUGCCUCGUGAUGUGACCGAAUCGGAUCCCGAGUCCUCGAAAGGCGGCUAUGUGAAACUGCUGCGGGUCCCGACCAUCGCGAUCAUGUCGCUGCUCGUGUGCACCACCGCGGCCUCCAUGAGCUUCCUGCGCCCGACCAUGACCAUCUUCCUGCACACAGAGUUCAAAAUGCCGCCAGGCAAGAUCGGCCUGGUGCUCCUAGGAUUCGCCUGCUCCUACGCCAUUUUCGCUCCACUGCUCGGCUACCUCAGUGACUCCUUCCCGGCCGUGCGGAAGGUGAUGAUGACGGCUGGAGUCACAAUCUGCUCCCUCUGCUUCCAAAUGCUGGGGCCAAUCCCACUCCUGCACAUAAAGAGCCAGGUGUGGCUCCUGGUUCUGGUUCUGGUCAUCAUGGGCAUCUGCCUGGGGAGCACCCUGGUCCCGGCUUACUCCAUCAUCCUGGAAUCGGCACACCAGGUGGGGUUUGCUGACAAUGCGGCGACGCUCGGGCUGGUGUCAGGACUCUUCACCUCCAUGUGGUGUCUGGGGGAGUGCGUGGGGCCCGUGUUCGGAGGGCUCAUCCUGCGGGUGCUGCCCUUUGCAUGGGCCGCCUCGGUGCAGGGCGGCUUCCUCUUCGUCGUGGCUGUGGUUAUGCUUAUUUUCAGCCUGAGAAGCUACUGCUCCACAGAUGAAAGGGAGCGGCAGGAAGUCUCCGAGCCGGAGGAGUGCACGAUCAUAUCUCCGGACACCAUUUGCUAUGGGUCGACGAGACACCUCGUGGUCCCUGCCAUCAACGACGCCAAGCUUCACGUCGAUUUCUCCUCGGGCCUCAGCCCACUCGCCGCAUCGUUGGCCGAGAGUGUUGCACGGACGCCCGCGUAAACACGGACACCCACGCUGCGUUGAUGGAACAAUGAGAAUAAAUGAGUAGCUGAUUUUUAUUGGUGUCACCAGUUGAUUUGCAUACACACAUACAUGUAUGUUGAACUUCUUUCGCACUGUACGUAGCCAACUGUGCUAAUCGGAGGUGUGACAGAUCAGUAUGCAUCACGAUCUGUCAUUAUUUCACCAUUAUCGAUAAAUACAGAGGAGGCUAACCUUCAAGGAAUCUCGGAUAAUGAAUUGUUAAUGAGUCAUGGAUGGUCGUCCACCACUGCAUAUCUAACAGUAGUCAUGAAUAAUAAGUUAUACUGUGUGUACAUAAAAAACAUUGCUCUGUAACUUUUGUUGCCUUGCGUUGUGGCAUGCAAAUGUAAUGCUAAGGGAUGACAAGUAAAACUCUCUGGAACAUUUCAA